AUGGGUGCCAAAUUAACCAAAACAAAAAGUGUAUCAAUCUUGGGAAAAACCAAAGAUGAACAGAAACAAACAAUUACAACUGUUGAAAAUACGAAAAAUCAUCUUGAUCUGACAACAAUUGAAAAUAACAAACAACUAAAGAAGAAGAAUAAAAAGAAAAAAGAACCAAAAUUAAAUAAAAAAUCAUCUACAAAAAAGGUAGACAAAAGUACAAGUACAGAAAGUAUUAUAUUAUCACCACCGACAUCCACUGAACAUUUGGUCUGUGAUCAGAUGUCUACAGUAAAUAAUAUUGUUUCGUCGAAUACUAGUACAGCUCAAGUAAAUACAGGUUAUCAACCUGAAAUUUCAAAUAAAGAUGUACAAGAACUUCGGAAUGCUUGUAUUCGAAAUAGUAUCAUAUCGACUGAUUAUCAGGUUGAAAAUAAACAAAAUUUGAAUGAACAAGAAUAUCAAGCAAAUACUUUGAAUAUUACUGAAGAAUCAUUAAAUACUACUUCAACAACUUUGAUUGGCAAUAGUAAUCAAGUUUAUAGUGAAGAAGAAGAAGAAGAACAACAACAACAAUCUGUCGAAUCAUAA